GAUUUCUGUUAAAGUUGAUUAUUAAGUCACUUUAAUCACGAUUUGUUUGAUAUUUGGACCCAAUUUUCUGCCAUGAUUUUUGUGAUAAGACGAGUUCAUGAACCGUGUUGUGACGCUAUCGGUACAUGAAAAUGGAGGCGUUUUACUUCUUCGCUGUAUUUGCAUGUCUGAUAGGCGGUAAUGUCUGUACAGUUCCAAUUCCGAAAGGUUGUACCGUCUUUGGCUAUGCAUUGAACGGUUUUCAUCAUCUACCGUUACCAAUUAACGCAAGAACAGUUAUACCCCCGCUGUUCGGGCGCCGCUUUAUUCUCAACAACCCACUACCAAAAUUAAACUUAAGUGGGAUCAACUUUGGCAAUUUACAUAUAAAUAUGUCCGGUAUAUUUCAGGCAUCUACACAACUAGUUUACGAUUCUAUAAAACCGACGUUACCACGUACAAAGGAAGUCCAGCAUACAUGCAGAAUAGAUAUGGACACGACGUCACAAAAAACAUUAGAUUUUGUUCGAGCUAUGAUGACAAAGUAUAAGGUGUGCACAAUGUGUGACAACUUUGAUACCAACGAAACAACUUGUAACACGAUUGGUUUCUGUCCGAUGACAUCAGUAAGACACAAAUGUUACAACGGACAGUCUAAUGACCGCCACUUUUGGCCAAAAACCUCGAUCUACAGUUUUUACGACGCAGCACACCCAAAAGCAGGAUAUCACGGAUGCUGCUUGUCCACGGACCACAAUUGCAGAUAUCACCGAUACAUUGUAAAGAACAAGAAGAAUCAGCAUUUAAAUGCAGCUAAUUAUACUAUCAAAACAUGCACAACAUUUGCCUGCAACGGAGGUGAUAGCAACAAAAUCACAACGCUUUUGGGAAGACUGCAGGAUGGUAGGUGGGCUGCCUGGGGCUCAUGGGGUCAAUGUUCGCGCACCUGUGAUACAGGAACUAAACAUAGGACUAGAACAUGUACAAACCCAAAACCGACCGGCACGGGGAAGCCGUGUGUUGGAUCUUCUUCUUCAACAACAUAUUGUCAUGGUCCAACUUGCCCUGUAAAUGGCCACUGGACUUCAUGGACAGUGUGGGGAAGUUGUUCCGUUACAUGUGGGGACGGGAUAAAGUCUCGUACACGGACUUGCACUCAUCCGGCUCCAUCACAUGGCGGUAAAACGUGUGUAGGGUCAUCCGGUGCAAAUACUACAUGCAGCUUAACAGCGUGUCCUAUUGACGGACACUGGGCAGGAUGGGGUCAUUGGGGAUCAUGUUCUGUCACGUGCGGAGGAGGAACAAAAUCUCGUCACAGAUCAUGCAGUCAUCCAGCUCCAUCUAACGGUGGUAAAACGUGUAGUGGAUCAUCUCAUGUGUCAGCUUCAUGUGGAACAACACAUUGCCCUGUCGAUGGUCACUGGCAUUCGUGGCAACCUUGGGGCGCGUGCUCAGUAACAUGUGGUCAUGGAACAAAAACACGUGUAAGAACGUGUACAAGUGUAUUAUACGGUGGGCACACGUGUACCGGAAAUAGUCAGUCUUCAGCAACCUGCGGAAGCCCUUGCAGUGUCGAUGGCCAUUGGAGCACGUGGAACUCGUGGGGCAAAUGUUCGGUCACAUGUGGACACGGAAAAGAGACACGUGGCCGAACGUGUUCUAACCCAGCACCAGCAUAUGGUGGAAAGGACUGCAUCGGGGACCUCACGGACGAGCGUCAAUGUGGGCAGCCAUGUCAAGUUGAUGGUCACUGGAGCAUGUGGCAAUCAUGGGGCACGUGCUCUGUCACGUGUGGUAGUGGCAAAGAGUCACGUGUGAGAACGUGUUCAAGCCCUAAACCUGCUCAUGGAGGAAAACAAUGUGUCGGUGAUUCGACAGCGUCACGAACAUGUGGCAAACCAUGUAUAGUUGACGGUUCAUGGAGCGCUUGGCAAGCAUGGGGAACAUGUUCUAAAACGUGUGGAGAUGGUCUUCAGUCACGUGCUCGAGCAUGCUCAAACCCUUCACCAGCAAAUGGCGGGAAAACUUGUGCCGGUGAUUCUUCUCAAUCUCGACACUGUGGAGAUCCGUGCGUAGUUGAUGGCCAUUGGAGCGCUUGGCGAUCAUGGGGAACUUGUUCAAAAACGUGUGGUAAUGGUCUUCAGUCACGUGCUCGAGCAUGCUCGAACCCUGCACCAGCAAAUGGCGGGAAAACUUGUGCCGGUGAUUCUUCUCAGUCUCGACACUGUGGAGAUCCAUGUAAAGUUGACGGCCAUUGGACCUCAUGGACGUCAUGGGGUACCUGUUCUGUAACAUGUAGUGACGGAAAGGAAACAAGAACACGCACAUGCACCAAUCCGGCACCUGCUUACGGGGGACAUACUUGUGCUGGCAGUGCCUCGGAUGACCGACAUUGCGGACAACCUUGUGUAGUUGACGGACACUGGACAAAGUGGCAUGAAUGGUCUACAUGUUCAAAAAGCUGUGCAUCUGGGACAAGGUCACGGGUUCGAACUUGUACCAACCCCGCUCCGGCAAAUGGUGGCACAGAUUGCAGUGGCUCGAAAACCGUGACCGAGGACUGCAACACUGAUAGAUGCCCAGAAUGGUCACGUUGGUUCUACGACGCAUGCUCAGUGACCUGCGGAAAUGGAACGACGAUGAGAUUGAGGCAUUGUAGUUCCGGGAAAGAUUCCGACUGUGGAGUUGGAAAGGCAUUUGAAAACGUCCCUUGUAAUGAAAAACCUUGUCCUGUAAACGGAGCUUGGAGCACAUGGAACGCUUGGAGCACGUGCACUGCUACAUGUGGGGAGGGACUGCACAAACGUUCAAGGUCAUGUGACCAUCCAGCACCACAAUAUGGCGGCGCGGAUUGUAAUGGACUUUCGGAUGAAACUGAAGCGUGUAAUACACAAGAAUGUGCACACUGGCUCCCGUUCCAGGAAGUGAGCCCGUGUUCUGUCACGUGUGGUAAAGGGUUCAAGCAAAUGAAACGUACCUGUAGUACAGGGGUUGUGUCGGAUUGCACCGGAAGUGCAUUCACCGAGGAAACCUGUAUUCUUAAGGAAUGUGAAACUCCUUUUUUGUUCUUAUCUUUACUAUAUUUAGGUCUACAUUAUAUACUCACAAUUAAUGAUCUCUGGAAAGACAUGGUGUUAUUCAUAGGUCUUACAAUUCUGGUACACUUGGGUGUGACCGAAGCCGCCCACCAUGUUGACGGAAACUGGGGAUCAUGGACAAACUUCACUGAUUGUUCACGCACGUGCGGAUUUGGAACACAGUCUAGAUGGCGCUAUUGUAACAACCCGAAACCCAGUCAUCAUGGCCAAUAUUGUGUAGGGGAGCAUCACGAAACUCAGCCGUGUCACAUCAAAGGAUGCCCAAUAAAUGGUAUAUGGGGUCACUGGACGUCCUACCAGGCCUGCUCGGUAACAUGCGGUACUGGAAAAAAAUCCAGAUAUAGAUAUUGCAACUCCCCUCCUCCGGCAUAUGGUGGUCAGGAUUGCGCCGGACAUAGCUACGAGACGCUCUCGUGCUCAUCAAAUGCAUGUCCCGGUCAUACAGGUGUUGUGAACGGUGGGUGGGGAGCAUGGUCGUCUGUAUCAGCCUGUACUCACUCUUGUGGAGGUGGUACACAAACAAGCUACAGAUGGUGUGAUAACCCAAGACCUUCCGGAGGCGGCCAUGCUUGUCCCGGAAAUGACGUGGCGACUCAAACAUGUAAUACGCAAUCAUGUCCAUGCCAUGGGCCAUCUUGUCCAGUUAACGGAGGCUGGGGUAAAUGGACCGCGUUCCAGGCCUGUUCUAGGACAUGUGAUACCGGUACACAGACUCGCUACCGCUAUUGUAACUCCCCACAUCCGGCUCACGGUGGUGCACAGUGCGUCGGCGACAGCUACGAUACACAGAACUGUUUCCUGGCGGCAUGUCCCGGUUCUUCAGUUAUCCAUGGCGGUUGGGGACUUUGGAGCACCUACAGCACUUGUUCAAAGACUUGUGACACCGGGUAUCAAUCUAGAUACCGUAUCUGCGACAGUCCGAAACCCAGCGCAAACGGACAUCCAUGUCUCGGUAUUUCUCAGCAAACAAUCGCCUGUCACACAGAGUCUUGCUCGUGUAGUGGAUCCGAUUGCCCAGUAAAUGGCGGGUGGGGCAACUGGUUACAGUUCUCUGCUUGUUCUCACACAUGCGGGUCGGGUACCAAAGCAAGAUGGCGGUACUGUAAUAAUCCUAGACCAAGUCAUGGAGGCCAACCUUGUAAUGGAAACGAGAAAGACACACAACCGUGUCAAAUGACUGAUUGCGUAGGACCGUCACCAGUUGAUGGCGGUUGGACAAGCUGGUCAUCUUGGGAUAAAUGCACACAGACAUGUGGGUCGGCAACGCACUCAAGACACCGAAGCUGUACCAACCCAACACCGGCCCAUGGAGGGAGCACCUGCUCGGGAGUUUCUACGCAAUCACAGAGCUGUCAUCUGCAGGCUUGUCCUACAAGUUCAUGCGGUACGACGCUUGUAACUGGUACAACUACUAAAAUUGUUGGCGGAAAACUUGCGCAACAUGGCCAGUUCCCCUGGCAGAUAUCGUUGCGAUAUUUCGGAGAACAUUUAUGUGGUGGAACACUUAUCAGCGACCAGUGGGUUCUGACUGCCGCUCACUGUUUUGAAGACCUCGGAACGACGGCACGAGAAUGGUCAGUAGGUGUUGGCAUUCAGGAUCAGAAACACGUCUAUGGUAGUAACGUCAUACAUGCCAGCCAUAUCUAUGUCAAUGAACACUACGACUCGGACAAAUCCAAGAAUGAUAUAGCUCUUAUCAAGCUUAACAAGAAGAUAGAUAUUACAGGGAAAUUUGUUCGACCAGCGUGUUUGCCAAAAUCACAAGAUGCGUUUGAUUCCGACACGUGUGUGGCGUCCGGAUGGGGAGCAACUUAUUACGACGACGAUGGAAAUGCUCCAGGUACCCGAUACCUCAUGUAUGUUAACCUGGACACUAUCACCAACUAUAGAUGUAGAUCUCUAAUGGGUUGGAACAGCGUCUUCAACACAAAUUUGUGUGCUGGGGCUAUUCAGGGUGGAGGGAAAGACACAUGCCAGGGAGAUUCCGGAGGCCCACUGGUAUGUCAGAAUCACGGUGUUUGGGAGAUUGCCGGCGUGACGAGCUGGGGUGACGAAUGUGGUAAGAGUAUGAGCCCCGGCGUGUACACCAGAGUGACGUCAUAUCUUUCCUGGAUUCAACAGAAAAUGCACAGCGGAUAGCAGAAACAAACGAGUGCACUUUUCGAAUGAUUUCCUAUGCAAUCACUAAUAAAAUGGUUAAUCUGAAA